AUGCAGCAAAAGGCGGUCCACCAGGAGCUGACAUGGGGGGCGUUGCCCAUGGGUCAGUCGGCUGGCCGUGAGCCCAUCUGUCGCAUGGGAAAAAAAAACCGGGGCGAGCACAUGAAUCCACCCGACCUGAUUGAUGCACAACAAAUGAUAUCUCGACUUCCGCGGUAUGUCUCCAUUGGGAUGACCGAAUGUGACCGUAGUCGGGUAGGUGGCUGCAAGCGUGGGAGGCGGUCCAAGCCGGCCAGCACGUUCAGGAAAAGCCAUCGGACAGCAAGGCAGGCAACCCUGAAGGCUGAAGACCGAAGACGGGUCAGCCGAGAGUCGGAGGCCGCGAUCCAGCGUAAGCGUGGAGGCAGAGAAGGUGGAGGUGGAGGAUUCCGGGGAUUGGGUGGAUCGGCAUUGUCGUUCCCUUUCCCGGCCAAGGCGGGAUACAGUCCGGAGUAG